CGCGAGCAGCCGCGACGCCAUUUGCUGCGGCCGAGCGUGGAUGCAGGGGCUCCUCGGGAGAACUGGGUCGCGAGACUUUGAUAUCGUGCGGUCCCACGCGUCGCCCCUCUCGCCACUCUCGCCCCUCGGAGGAGUCUCCUCGUCCUUCGCCGCCCCCGCUGCCGUCCAGGAAGGAGUCGAAGACGCCGCGAGGCCGCCGUCACUGCCAUGCCCAAGAAUAAAGGUAAAGGAGGUAAAAAUCGACGCAGAGGUAAGAAUGAGAAUGAAUCUGAAAAAAGAGAGCUGGUGUUCAAAGAAGAUGGACAAGAGUAUGCACAAGUAAUCAAAAUGUUGGGAAAUGGACGAUUAGAAGCAAUGUGUUUUGAUGGCGUGAAGAGGUUAUGCCACAUUAGAGGGAAAUUGAGAAAAAAGGUUUGGAUAAAUACCUCAGAUAUUAUUUUGGUUGGUCUACGAGACUACCAGGAUAAUAAAGCUGAUGUAAUUUUAAAAUACAAUGCAGAUGAAGCUAGAAGUCUGAAGGCAUAUGGCGAGCUUCCAGAGCAUGCUAAGAUUAAUGAAACUGACACAUUUGGUCCUGGAGAUGAUGAUGAAAUCCAGUUUGAUGACAUUGGAGAUGAUGAUGAAGACAUUGAUGAUAUCUAAAUUGAACUCAACAUUCUACAUUCCAAUUUCUCUGAGGAUUGUUCAACAAUUUGGAUUUUGGCUAUGACCUGAUAAGAAGAUUAAAAUUUCAUUAGCUUCAGUGCAAUUUGUUAAAGCAGGAUGAUUUGUUCCUAAGGUAUUUCUUCAAAAACCAGUAAUGCUGAACCCUUUUAAGUGAAAUGUUAAGCCCACUUUGUUCUUUUGAUGUAUUGGAGGUUAUGGAUGAAAGACCACUUGUAAGUUAAUGGAUGUUUUGAAUAAACCAUUUCCUCUACAUUCAUUAUGGGUUAUGAUUAAGCCCUAGGUUUGAUAGCCUGUUGACUGUACAGUGGCUUUCUAUAUUUCCCAGUUACCUAGAUGUUCCCUUGAGAUUUUGGUAAACUUAAGGGAGGCACAGAUCUGCAUUUGAAGUAAAAAUUGACUGGGUCUGUUUUUCAUAUUUUAAGUAGCAUGUGACUAUUUUUAUACUUAUUUUGAUAUCAUAUUCUUUUCAUGACUUUAUUUUGCCACUGUAAACAUACAAAAAAAACCAUUUCCAAAUGCAGUUUUUAGAACCUUGGUUUUAGUAGCAGUUUUGCAUUAUUAAGGUUAGUAGUUGCAGAAAUCCAACACUAGGUAGGACCCAGUUGUCUCAACAUUGGAAGUAUUGAUAGAAUUGUUAACUUUUUUUUUUAACUUAACAGUGUAUAGGAAAUUUCCCAAACAAGAAAAGAUUGUUUUGAUCAUAGGUAUGUAUGUAGAAUAUUUUUUCAGAACAAGAAGAUUGUUAAAAGUGUCAUUUCAGAAUUCAUACACAUACAAGCUACAAUUUUAAGUGCUUUAUAAACACUUAAAUUGUGUGUGAAUGAAACUUAAUUUCAUAACAAUCUGUACAAAGCAAACCUUUUUUUAAGUUAUCCCAAACUGGGGAAAGAGGAGGAAAUAAUAACUUAAUGAAAGAUGGUCUUUAAUUUCUGAAUGGAAGAGCUACAGCUGAGAAAUAUGAUAAAAACAAUGUCAUGCUGUGCAGUAUAUUAUACCCUUAUUUUGUGAUUAGGACAUAUUUUGUUGUGUGUACAGAUUUUUUUGUUUGUAUCUUACUGGAAAUUUAGGUUUACCUUUCCUUAGUUUUUCAUUAUCAAGUCUACUAAGGUGAAAUUAAGGGCUGGGUUUGUUGGACCUCAUAAGCCACAUUAAAGUUGUAUGCAACUUGAAAAGAAGUGA